GAAUAAGUAACCAAAUAAUUCCAAUCUCAGCUAAAAUAUAUUUUGAGAUGCUUUAUUUUAAACUUGUUCCUUUGCUAAAAAGCAUCCUCCCGAUACUUAUGAGCUUUGGUAUAAAAGUAUAUUUUAGAGAAAACGUCUUAAAUAAUCUCAUUCUUUAUACUAAAUCUAACGAUAACACAUUUUAAAGUGGAUUGAUAAUGGCUUCAAUGAUAUCAAUAUGCCAAUACUUAAUGACUGCUUUCUUAAGCUUUGGAGAUUUUCUUUAGCUUAUAGAAGGAUCUAAAAUGAUUCAAAACCUUCAAAAAAGAAUUCUAAAAAAGAGUAUUAAAGUGAACUUAUCAUCUUAAUAGAAAUUUACUCGUUCAAGAAUAAGCUAGAUGAUUAAUCAAGAGUGUAAAAAAUUUGAUGUCUACUAUCUUAACUUAGCUUUUGUCAUUGUUAUACCCAUUUAAAUACUUCACUCAAUCUAUAUACUAUACAAAAAUUUAGGGUGGUAUUGGAUUGUAGUAGCUUCUUCUUAGUUAAUAGUCUUUGUUAUAAGCUUUUAACUUAGUAAAUAUAACUUGAUUUAUCGUAAAAAGGGAUAAGAGUAAACUCAUUUAAGAGCUAGCUUAGUACAGAGUACUAGUGAAAGCAUGAGAUUGAUAAAAGGCUAAAAUUAUGAGGAUGUCUUUUACAAUAAGUUAGAUCAGAUAAGAGAAAAAGAACUCUUUUUUAUAGAUCGAAUGGCUGAAAUGAUAAACAUAAAGCACUAUCUUGUAAAAUUCUCACAACCCAUUACUAUGACUGUUAUUUUGCUUUAUUAUAUUUUUAUAGAUGUUUAAACUAUUGAUAUAGCUAUAAUCUUUGCUCUUGAAUAAUCUUUUUGGGCUGUCAGAUAAGGACUCGGACAAUUUCCUAAAUUUUUAUCUUCUUUUUAAGAUCAAACAAUCAUUUUGUAAUAGAUUCAGGAAUUUCUAAAUAUAAAAGAAUUAGACAAGUCUUAAAUCUCUUAAGAUUCAUAAAAGAUAUUUAUAAAAACUACAACAAAUAAGUAAGAUCUCAAAACUAAAUAAUUAGAAGAUUCAUCAGAUAAUAUAUUAACUGCAACCAGUUUAAUACCAAAAUAUAAGGAUGGAGUUUAACUUGAUAUAGAUAUUAAAUUAGGUGAUAUAAUUGUAAUUAAGGGACCUACAGGAUCAGGUAAAAGCUAUUUGCUAAAAUGUCUUUUGGGAGAAUUUGGAGGCACUAUUCAUAGUGAAAGAAAAAUAUCUUAUGUAGGUCAGGAUAAUUGGCUUUAAAAUAAAUCAAUUAAAGAAAAUAUUAUUCUUGAUAAAGAAUAUGAUUAGGAUUUGUUUGAUUUCGUUGUGAAGUGUUUUGAGUUAGAUAAAGAUUUCUAAGACUUUGAUUAUGUUAUCACCUCUAGUGUUGAUAACAUCAGCGGAGGAUAAAAGCAAAGAAUUAAUCUAGCACGUGCUUUUUACGCCAACAACUCAAAUCUAGUUUUGCUUGAUGAUAGCUUCUGCUCUCUAGAUAAAAAAGUCAUGAAGCAAAUAAUCACUAACAUUUUAAUGUAUUUUAAACCAAACAAAAAUAUCGUUUUUACUAUCAAUGAAAAUGAACUUAUUGAGAAUUGUGCAGACAUUUUAAUUGAAAUAUCUUAGGAUCACUAAAUAUUAUAAAUAAAAAGAAAAAAUGAUAAGCAAUAAAACGUAUUUGUUGAUGAUAAACUCAUUUAAAAAGAUAUUAAAAGUCUUAAAAAACCAAUCGGAAAAAGAUUCAUAGAGUUUAAAUUGGAAAAUGCAAAACUCUUAAAUAUUGACAAGAAAGCAAAUAAGCAAGAAUAAGGAUUUUCAUUGUUUAUAACUUGCUUUAAAAAAUAUGUAACCAUAGAUAAAAUUAUAGGAGUUUAUUUAGUGCUAGCUUUAGUUUCUAUAUCUCUUUAUAGUUUGUUUUAUUUCGGAUAACAGUAUGUGCUUAUGAAUUGGAAUAUACUUUCAAUAUCAUAAAAUAUAAAGAUUCUACUAUACCUUGUCUUUUGCUAUAUGGAUAACAUAGUGCAGGGGUUUAGAAUAUAUUUCUCAAAGAAGCAAGGGUUAUAUGCUUCAAAGCGAAUUCAUAAACUAACCAGCUCAACUUUGCUUAACGCAGACUAUUAGCUUUACUUAGAAGAAACAAUAACUCCUCACAAAUUUUAAGAUUUAUUAACAACUUAAAUUUAGGGGAUCGACUUCGAUUUAUCUACAGAAAUGACAAGAAUCUUUUAUGCAUCGUUUUAAAUUAUAAAUGCAAUUUGUUUAACACUAUGGGGAAGCUUGAAUGAUCCAAUUACUUUGAUUGGAAUAGGUUUAUUUUUAAAUUAAGGAAUUAAAAUGGCAAAAUAAAGAAUUAGCAAUUCUUAAUAAAUUCAAAUGAAAAUAAAAGAGACAAACCAACCAAUAAUAGGAUACGUAAAUGAAUGUCUUUCUGGGCUAGAAUAUAUCAGAAUUUAUGAUUUAGAAUCUUAUAUUUUAGAUUAAUUUAAACAUUUGCAAUAGAAAAGUAUAAUUUGGGCUUAGCUAGCUUAUAAGAAUGCUUUUGUUAAUGAUUUAAAAUUUUCCACAUUUACUUUCAUUCUUAACUUUGUUUCUCUCCUCUCAUGCUUGAUAGGAAGUAAUCCUCUAGCAUCUCUUCCAAAAGCUACAUCCAAUUCAUAAAUUGAUUACAAUACAAUGCAAGCAGUUAAAUGUUUUAAUAAUAUCUUUGUCUAAUUGAUAUCUUUCCAAUACGUAGUAGAUUUCCUUUAAAAAAUUUAAGAAUUCAAUUCCAUUGAAUAAAGCUAACAAAAUCAGAAGGCAGAAAAAUAAGUGAAGAAGAUAGAGGGAGAAAUAAAAUUCAUUAACUAUUCAGCCUAUUACUCUUCUGAAAAAGACCAAAAUAAAGCAGCCUUAAAGAAUAUUAACUUAGAAAUAAGUAAAGGAUAAAAAGUAUGUGUGGUUGGUAGAACUGGUUCUGGAAAAACUUCUCUCACUUUAUCUAUUUUGAACCUUAUUCACUAUAAAGAUGGAGAAAUCUAAUUUGAUGGGAAAAAAAUAGAUGGAAAAACUAUCAGAGACAAUAUAUCAGCUAUUUAGCAAGAAAAUAUAGUCAUGAAAGGAACACUUAAAGAAAACAUUGACACAUUUAAUUUAUUUUCUUCUGAAGAAGAUUUGUGGAAAAAAAUACUUUAAUUAAAUUUAUCUUAAAUACUAGAAUAAAAUUAACUCAUUCUGUCAAUGAAGAUUGAAGAAUAAGGUAAGAAUCUUAGUGCUGGAUAAAAGUAAAUAGUUUCUUUAGUGAGAGCGUUAAUCUAGGAUAAAAAUAUUAUUCUGUUUGAUGAAGCUAAUUCAAAUCUAGAUGAGCAAAAUGAAAAUCUGAUGUAAGAUAUCCUUUUAGGAAGAAACUCUACUAUGAUAUUUAUAGCUCAUAAAAUAAAACAUGUAAGCAAGUUUGACAGAAUAAUAUAUUUAGAAAAUGGUUAGAUAACUGAAGAUGGUUCACCAAAAAGUUUGCUUUCUAAUUAAAAUUCUAAGUUUUUUAAAUUGUAUAAUUCAUAAUCUUGAAAAACUAUUGUAUUAUGUAUCAAUAAAUUAUCUCAUUUAUGCGUUUAGUUUUUAAAAUAAUUAUUUAUUCUUCAUUUUCA